AUGCAUCAACCAGUUACAUCAUUUUUCUCUUCCCAAUCCACUAAAGGUGAAAAGACAGAUCCAAAAGAUGAACCUGAUGAUGAUGAUAUUAUGGCAUCUUUUGUAGAAAUUCAGCUCGAUCCUAAGGAAGAUAAUAUAUCCGAAAACGUAGAAGUGGAUAUUAUGCUCAAGUCUCAAGAGAAUCACCUUAACAGUGCUAUGGAGCAGAUUGAGAAACAACAUGUUGAGCAAUUAAAGCAUCAUGUUCAAAAUUUUCAAUAUGAGGUGGCAAAGCUUCAUUACGUUGAAAAAGAACAUCAUAAAUAUUUUGUUGAGCUAGUCAAGAAUGUGAAGGAGUUUGUAAAUCUCAAAGUCUUGUUGAGUAUAACACUUUUUUUUUCUACCAAGCUCGAAGCCAAAACAGAAACAGAUUCUAAGGAGUCUAUCUCGACGUUCAUUUCUUCCAUCAAAUCCAGCAUAAAGGCAGAGCUUGAACCCAUUCUGAAGUUGGUUCUUUUAUUGCCAACGAAUUCCCCACUUGUGAAACAUGUGGUGCAAUGCGGAGAAAAGGUAGUUGGCUCUUUGAAAGAUACUAAUCAAGGUAAAGUUGCAGGGAAGGUGAUGUCAACUAAAAUUCCAACAUCACUUCCUGUUUCUCUAAAAAAAACUUCUACUACAACAACUUUGAGACUAAUUACGAAAGGCAUAGUCAUUGGAGAAAGUGAUGGGGUUCAAGUUCAAGUCUGA